CUCUUUGCUGUUGGAAGCGCCAUUCUUACCACUGCGGCCAUUCCUCAUCACGUCGUUGCGUCCCAGCUAUUCUCCUAUUACAUCUCAUUUACAUGUUCUGAACAACUAGGGAGAUUUAUGAUUGACGAAGAGUGGCGAUAUUAUGCGCCCGGGCGGUGGUAUUUUCCCUGGCGGGCCGAGCGACUGGUAUGUCCUUGACUGGGAUCAACGACGUACUAUUGCUGUUACCAUGGACGAGGAGCAAGAGAGCCCGGAUGUUGCCAUUGGGCAUCUCAAGAGACACAUCGAUACCCUGGGACCAGAUGUAUGUGCCAUCCAUUUAUCGCAGGACGGCGAAUUGAUCUCAGUUUCAACCAAGCCUGAAGACGACCAAACAACGUGCGUUUACUAUCCCCCGCUGCAGCAUGUCGAGUGUCCCAGCCAUGUCAAGACUGUGCUCCGCUCAGAUCUGAUCGAGUUAGAUCGAUUUGGCCCAAAUACCGAUCUCGUCUCGUAUAUCCCUGGCGGCACGUUGAGCCAGAAUAAGUCGCGUGUGUUCAAGCUGGAAUGGCUCCGGCAGCUGACGUCUGUUGUUGAUGACUUGAAUCUCAAGCAUGGCAUCGCUCAUCAGGAUAUCUCGGCGCGGAAUCUUCUCGUUGAACCCAAGACCAACGCCCUUAUGCUGUUCGACUUCAACUAUAGCGGCCGGAUAGGCGGCAUUGGAUAUGGAGAGGACCGGGACGAUGUCAAGGGGGUCAUAUUUACCCUUUACGAAAUCAUUACGCGCGACGCGCAUUUCCGAGAUGUUCGGCACAGUGAGCAGAAUCCAGCCGACGUUCAAGGGUUGGAGGAAUGGGUGAAGCACCCGGAUGUUAAGCUUGAUCAUCCCGUUUCCGAGUACCGCGCGGUAUUAAACGACUGGGUAGAUAAAAGACAGGCCGGAAGACGGAUUUCUCAUUAUACAGAAGCACCUGAAUACAUUGACUGGCCCGAAUUCCCAGAGCCACCCGCAGAAGACGUAGCAUUAGUCUCUACUACUGUGAAAUGGGUCCUUCUGGAACGCGAGCGCCGCCACGAGAGAGAAAAGGGCAACGCCAUCUUGAAUUGGGAACGUCCUGCGCAGAGCAAGCUUGGGGGCGGACAUCAGCUGCUAGCCAAUGGACAGUAUGCAUCCGGUACAGAAAGACUUGGUUGAAUUGAAGAGCUAGCGAAUUUUGCAGUCUAGAGUAUUGUACCUUUUUGGUUUCGUCUUUUGAAUAUGCCCAAUGGAAAUACCGGGUUGGGAUGAACACGUACAUAUAAGCAUGAGGUUACAACUUGUGGAAACGGAGCUGCCGCCAAUUUUCAAAGUGAUGCCGUAGCCAAUGAAAUAUUUCCGUGAAAAAACAGAGCGUAAUCGAAUUUCAGCCGC